AGCGACCAGGCGCAGCAAGGACGCGUCCAGUAGAGCAGCACACUGCCCUGUCAUGCCCCACAAGGCGUCCAACGGCUAUGCCGUCCCAAAGCCACAGCUCGCCAGCGGCUUCGAGUGGCAGAGCGUAUUCGAGGAGCUCCUCGAGCAGACCGCGUCCACCAACGUCGUCGAUGCCGACUGGUCCAUCCUCAAGGAGAUGAUCAAGUACAAGCUCGCCGAGGCCAUCUCGAGCUUCCUCGCCAUGGGCCCACCCUGGCCCUUGCCGCCAGACGACGCCAUGCACGCACGAGCACGAGCCUACGACACCCUCGACUCGUUCAGCAGCCCUCCCUUCACGAUCCAGCGCCUGUGCGAGCUCGCCCUCUACCCUCGGCGGCAGUACACCUCGCUGCCCAAGUACCUGCGAGCCGUGAGCCGCGUCCUGAGCGUCACGUCCGAGCGGACAGCGUUCGACGAGGACGACGGCGCCGACCAUUUUGCGUCGACCUCGGCCGUCACGCUCGACACGUCGCUCGGCGUCAUCCGCCAGGGCGUCAUCCACCCUCCUGCGCAUACCUCAUCCCUGUCACCUAUCGCCACUCGCCGCCCGACCCCGUCACCCUCCUCGCCCAGCCCGCGCUCGUCGCCGCAGGUCGUCCCCCUCCUCAGCCCCAUCCCGUGGCUGCGAAAAGGCGACUCAAACGCACCUGCCUCGUCGUCAUCGUCCAAGGCCAUGUCCGAGAACGGCGACGUCGAAUCGUUCCACCUCGGCUCGCCUCCACCGGCCACCUCGCCUCGACCGCCGACCGUCUCGCUCCCCUCGACCAACGCGGCCGCGCUCGCGUCGGCGCCCAAUCCGCAGAGCUCGCCGCCAAAACCUCUGCAGGGUCAAGGGCCGGCGACGGCGACGCCGACGGGCGGGCUCGUCGACGAGGUGGAUCCGGGCAGCGGCGGGUCCGAGACGAUGGAGCCUGUCGCGUUGAGCAGCGCGACGACGCUCGCGCCGCCGGCCGAGGUGGCCGAGGCCGAGGGAGCAGGAGGGGAGGACGGGCCUGAGAAGGGGGCGAGCUUGCGGGAGCGGUUCGUGAGGGCGAGCAGUCCGAGGGUCGAGGCGCCGCUGGAUCCGGAGGCGAGCACAGCGGGAGAGGACGAGCGGGACGAGAUGGUGACGGGCCCCUGACCGAGGUGGACACUCCUGUAGAUAGCUCGAGGACGUUGCAGUGCAGCUAGCUGGCACGCA